AUGGCCUUUCGAAAGCGCAACGUGCCGCUUUCGCGGACAGAACAGAAGCCCGGCUCCCCUUCCGUUCCAGCUUCUACAGAACCCUCAUCCGCUGAGGUACCUCAAGCAAUUACCGGCGUCCGCCCCUCACCUCUUGAUGGACGCCCCACUACUUCCACAGGAACUCCAUCCCUCGAUGCUAUCCUUGCCGGCCAUGCUGGACUGCCCCUGGGAAACUCUAUAUUCAUAGGCGAACAGGGAACCACAGAUUAUGCUGGUGCGCUGCUGCGGUUUUAUGCUGCUGAGGGAGUAGUGCAAGGGCAUCGCGUGCAUGUCGUCGGCAUGGGAGAAGCAUGGGGUAGAGAGUUGCCUGGGUUGAGUGAGAAGGACGAGAGUGGGAGGAAAAUAAAAACCAGUGCGGAAGAGGAGAAGAUGAAGAUCGCAUGGAGAUAUGAAAGCUUGAGUGUCCACGGCGCGGAGAGAGGUGAGCGCUUCAAACAUGCUGGAACUUCGCUCUCUGGCAAGACGGGAGAGGACCAGGCAAUAUUCUGCCAUACAUUUGACCUUGCAAAACGUCUAAUGCUGCCGGUGGGAACAGCGAUAAACUAUAUCCCCAUUGCUCCACAACGAAACCCCUUCCCCUCAAUCUUGCAGAACCUACAAAAUGACCUCGCAUCGACGCCCCCAAACACGAUACAUCGCCUUGUUAUUCCUUCCCUCCUCUCGCCCGCUAUAUAUCCCCCAAUCUCGACCCGACCAGACUGCGUUCUACAGUUCCUUCACGGCCUCCGCGCGCUCCUCCGCCUCCAUCCAACACAGCUGACAGCCAUAAUCACAUUUCCUCUUACGCUCUAUCCUCGAUCAACGGGACUCGUCCGAUGGAUGGAAAUACUCUCCGAUGGGGUGAUGGAGCUCUCGCCCUUUCCCUAUGACUAUGCGCAGGUGCUGUCGGCAGCGACAAAGGAGGAGGACAAGCCGCAGGGUAUCUUUGCGGUGCAUAAACUGCCGGUUUACAGCGAGAAGGGUGGAGGUGGAAACGUCGAGGGGCUGGGAGAAGACCUCGCCUUCACCCUGAGUAGGAGGAAGUUUACGGUGACCAAAUUCAGUCUUCCACCAGCGGAAGGGGAUACGGAGGCGCAGGAGGAGGCUGCCAGAGGCUCUGGUGCGACUCCGAUGCCGAAGAAGGAGGAUCUCGACUUCUGA